AUGCUCGCCCGCGUGGCCACCGAGCCCGGAGCGCUGCGGGGGUGGCCCCGCGCCGCCGCCGCGCCGCGCCGCGGGCUCUGCGGGGCCGCCGCCGCCGCCGCGCCCCCGGCCGUGCCCGCGGCUCCCCGGCCCUUCGGGCAGGUGCCGGGCGAGCGGCGGCCGGGCUGGCUCAACCUGCUCCGCCUGUGGCGGGAGGGCGGCCUCAGCAACCUGCACCUCAUCAUGGCCCGCCAGUUCCGCCGCUUCGGGCCCAUCUACAGGGAGAAGUUGGGCGUUUACGACAGCGUGAACAUCAUCAGCCCCGGGGACGCGGCCGCGCUGUUCAGGGCCGAGGGGGCCCUGCCCGAGCGCUUCAGCGUCCCCCCGUGGGUGGCGUACCGAGACCUCCGCAACAAACCCUAUGGGGUGCUGCUCAAGUCGGGGGAGGCGUGGCGCUCGGAGCGGCUGCUGCUCAACAAGGAGGCGCUGGCCCCGGAGCUGGUGCCCGGCUUCGUGCCCCUGCUCAGCGCCGUGGGCCAGGACUUCGUGCGGCGGGCGCGGGCACAGGCGCGGCACAGCGGGGCCUGGACAGGCGACUUCAGCCACGAGCUGUUCCGCUUCGCCCUCGAGUCCGUGUGCCACGUGCUGUACGGGACGCGCCUGGGGCUGCUGCAGGACUUUGUGCAGCCCGAGGCGCAGCGCUUCAUCGAGGCCGUGUCGCGCAUGUUCCACACCACGGCGCCGCUGCUGCACCUGCCGCCCGCGCUGCUGCGCCGCAGCCACGGCCGCACCUGGCGGGAGCACGUGCAGGCCUGGGACGUCAUCUUCGGGCAGGCGGACCGGUGCAUCCAGAGCACGUGCCGGGAGCUGCGGCGCGGGGGCGCGCGGGGGCCCCGGGGCAUCCUCGGGAACCUCGUGGAGAGACAGCGGCUGCCCCUGGAGCACAUCCGGGCCAGCGUCACCGAGAUGAUGGCGGGCGGCGUCGACACGACCUCCAUGACCCUGCAGUGGGCCCUGCUGGAGCUGGCGCGGGCCCCGCGCGUGCAGGAGCAGCUGCGGGCCGAGGUCCUGGCAGCCAAGAGGGAGGCGGGCGGCGACAGGGAGAGGAUGCUGAGAGGGACGCGGCUGCUGCGGGCCGCCAUCAAGGAGACGCUGAGGCUGCACCCGGUGGCCGUGACCCUGCAGAGGUACACCGCGCACGAGGUGAUCCUGCAGGGCUACCGCAUCCCGCCGGGGACGCUGGUGCAGGUGGCGCUGUUCGCCAUGGGCCGCGACCCCGCCGUGUUCGCCGAGCCCGAGCGGUUCCGGCCGCAGCGCUGGCUCUGCGCGGGCCCGCGGCCCUUCCUGGGGCUCGGCUUCGGCUUCGGGCCGCGCCAGUGCCUGGGCCGCCGCAUCGCCGAGCUGGAGAUGCAGCUCUUCCUCAUGCACGUCCUGGAGAACUUCAAGGUGGAGACGGAGCGGGGAGCGGAGAUCGGCACCAAGUUCGACCUGAUCCUGGUCCCGGACCGGCCCAUCCAGCUGACCCUGCGGCCGCUCGAGGGCGCCGAGUGACCCCGGGACCUCCCCGCGGCUCCGGGGACAGCGGGGACAGCGGGGACAGCGGGGAUGCUCCCGGGGACGCUCCUCGGGGCUGGUCCCUGCCCCGGCUCGAGGCUGCGGAGAGCGGGAGGGGGGCGGGGGGUCCCUGCCGCUCCCGGGGGGUCCCCGGGGUCCCCCCGCGCUGCCCCGACCCCCGAACGCUCCGCUCGGGCCCCGCUGUGCCGCUGCUCACGGAAAAGCUCCUCUG